GAGAAGGAAACUCUUUAUUUGAAGAUUUCUUGCAUUUAUUUUCUAUUCGGUGCUACAGUUCUCCCACCCCCAUCCUCCCCUCUUCAGGCCGUAUGGAUUCUCGUACGGAGAAUAGGUGGAAAUCCGUUCCAGAAUUUGGGGGGUGGGAUAAUAAUACGCCUGAUGCAAGCAAUUAUUCCGUUGUAUUUUCUCGAGCUCGUGCCAAUAAGAAACAGCAAAAGACCGAUUUGACUGAGUUCAAAAGAGCCAGCCUAGGGAAUGAAAAGGAGUUAAUGGCCAUCGCGGAUAAACAUGAUCGCCACCACCAGCAUCACCACCGUCGCGAACACCGACAUCAACAUCACCACCACCGCCACCACCCGCAUCAUGGUCAAUUACCAGCGGAUGGCGCUGUUGUCGGGCAGAAGAAAAAGAAGAUUCUGUCCUGCAUGAGUUGUUGUAUCAAGCCUUGAUAUGAGAUAAAGAAGGCAAUCAACUUCGCUAUGUUUUAGUGAUAUCAUGCUGUUUUUCUGGAUCUUCUUUGGCAUGUGUAAAUGUAGCGAGACAUGUUCAUCGUAUGGAAAAUAAAUGCGUCAAUUUCCCCUCCCUGAGUCUUUUUGUAUAGGUUCUUUAGCUUAUAAAACAUGGAACCUUGUAAUAUAUUCAUUUCUUCAUGGAGAAAACCAGAUGAAUACACUAUGCAAUAACAUUAUAUUUUGUUCUUUUCGAA